AUUUCAUUUGUCGUCUGUGAUGAAAAUUAAAAAAGUUUGUGAAUAAAAAUGGUGGUUCACAAGUUUUUAAGUUGAAAACGAUGUUAAAAAUAAAAUAACAAUUACGCAUUGUAAUGUGUAAUUGAAAUAUAUUAAAAAUGUCUACUCCAGUGACGAAUCGUAAAUACGGAGCGCAAAAAAUUCGACUUACAAUAUUGUGCGCAAGGAAUUUAGUCCGGAGGGAUUUGUUUCGUUUACCAGAUCCAUUUGCGAAAAUAUCUGUAGACGGCAGUGGGCAAGUGUACUCUACUAACGCUGUGAAAGCUACUCUGGACCCAAAAUGGAACACACAUUAUGACUUAUAUUUAACCAAGGGAGACGGUAUUACCAUCAGUGUAUGGAAUCAGCGUAAGGUUCACAAACGACAGGGUUCUGGUUUCCUCGGCUGUGUGCGUAUCCAACCGUCCACAGUUCACAAACUAAAAGAUACUGGAUAUCAAUGCCUCGAACUAUGUGAAGACAGUUCCGGAGAUACGCACGGCGUGCGCGGUCAAGUGAUAGUGUCAUUAUUGUCUCGUGACGGCGCCCGGGGAGAGCCCGCGUCGGCAGCAGGGGAGGGCUCCCCGCUCGCUGUCGUGGGCCCCGCAGGCGAGGUCAGGACCCCGAGGGACCCGCCUGUUAAUAACAAUGUGACAAACUUACCAUUGCCCUUGCAUUGGGAGGAGAGGAGGUGCAACAGUGGAAGGACUUAUUAUGUGAACCAUGCGCUCCGUCAGACGCAGUGGGAGCGUCCGGUGGAGGCGAGCGCGUCCCCCCCUCCCACCACGCCGCCCUCCACCCCCUCGCCUGGCCCCGUCAGCCCCGUCUCCCCCGCGUCACCCCUCUCCCCCGCCUCGCCCAUCUCGCCAACCUCACCCGCCUCACCAGUGUCAGAGAGUGACGUCAGCCAUGCUGCUUCUAUAUCGUUAAGACCCGAGCCCCAACCCCAGACAGCUGUGAGAACACGACAGCCCCCCGCGCCUUCGUCGCCCUCCUCUGUGACACCGGUAGUGGUCGCUGCCACAGAUCUGCCGCCUGGAUAUGAAAUGCGAACAACAUCGCAAGGGCAAGUGUACUUCUACAACAGCGUGACGGGCGCGUCGACGUGGCACGACCCGCGCGUGCCGCAGCACCUGCGCCACUGCGCCGCCGCCGCCGGCCCCCUGCCGCCGGGCUGGGAGAUGCGCCACGCGCCCUCCGGCCGCCCCUACUUCGUGGACCACAACAACCGCACCACGCAGUUCACUGACCCCCGGCUGGCGCUCUCUGCUCGCCUGACGCCACCUCUAGACGCGCCGCCCGCCGCGCCCGCCAGCCCGCCCGCGCCGCCGCCCGCGCCCGCGCCCAACGAGCCCGCCGACGCCGAUGCUCUGCCGAAGUACAAACGCGACCUGGCCGCCAAGGCGAGGGUGCUGCGAGCCGAACUGCAGGCUCUGCAGCCGCAGACUGGGCACUGUCGAAUAGAGGUAUCACGUAACGAAGUACUGGAAGAAUCGUACCGGCUCGUGAUGAAGCUGCGUGGCAAGGAGUUGCGCAAACGGUUGCUGGUCAAGUUCCGCGGCGAAGAGGGACUCGACUACGGCGGCGUCGCCAGGGAGUGGCUGCACCUGCUGGGCAGGGAGCUGUUCAACCCGCACUACGGACUGUUCCAGUACGCGAACGCGGGCGAUGAUAGAUACGCGCUGCAGAUCAAUGCGGACUCUGGGGUGAACCCAGAACAUCUGUCAUACUUCCACUUCGCGGGUCGCAUUUUGGGCGUGGCGCUGUUCCACGGGCACCAGCUGGACGCCGCGUUCACUGCGCCCUUCUACAAGCAGCUGCUAGGCCGACCCAUCACACUGCGGGACAUCAGGGACGUUGACCCGGAGCUGCAUCGGUCGCUGUCUUGGAUGCUAGAGAACAGCAUAGCCGGUGUUAUAGAUACGACAUUUUCCGUCGAGUGUUCGUCGUUCGGCGCAGUGCGGAGUGUGGAACUAAGGCCGGGCGGGACCAACGAGACUGUCACAGACAACAACAAGCGAGACUACGUGAGACUGUAUGUGGCCCAUAGAUUCACUAGAGGCGCCGAGAGACAGUGGCUCGCUCUACAGCGGGGUCUGGCGGACAUCAUUCCACCGCUUCUCCUCAGACCGCUCUCCCCCCGAGACCUGCAACCGUUGUUAGCUGGCAGAGCAGACUUGGAUCCCGCGGACUGGCGACGACACACCAGACUCAAACACGUCAACCCAGACGCACCAAUAGUCGGCUGGUUCUGGGAAAUAGUCGAGGAGUUUGACGCGGAAAUGCGUGCCAGACUUCUGCAAUUCGUUACAGGGUCAAGAAGAGUGCCUCUUGCAGGGUUCCGCGCGUUGCAAGGCUCCACCGGUGCGGCGGCUCCUAGACUAUUUACGCUGCACUUAGUAGCGGACGCUUCCCCGGAUUCCCUUCCUAAAGCGCACACGUGUUUCAAUCGUCUCGAUCUACCGCCAUAUCCGAGCAAAGAAAGGCUGCACGACAAACUCAAACAGGCCGUCUUGGAGACUGCCGGGUUUGCCGUUGAAUGAUAUUAUACAUUUUUUUCAAUAUGUGUUCCAUAUUUGUGUUCUAUGUUGUAUGUAGGUGUAUGAAUGCUGUAGUGCUUUUUACUACAGCGUAGAGUUUGUACGGGAAACUGGAAUGUAAGCAAUUUAUGAGACUGACAGAUGUGUAACAUAACGACAUGACAGCAAUUAUGAUAUGCUAUUUAGGCAAGUGUAAUUUUGAAAAACUCAAAAUAUCCCAUAUUUUACAAGUUUUAUAAUAUAUGUAUAUUGAAUAAAUAUUGCGACUAUUUCUUCAUUUUGUGAUGAAUAGUCAGUUUAGCGUAAAUAUACUAGAUAAAGUGAUGUACUUCCAUUAUUAUUGCCAGUGAGAUAUUAUUACCAUUAGUGGAUAUUGUACACAUUGGGUUUACAAAUAUAAAAAUAUACCAUGUAUGUGGUAACUUGUGUAUUGAUUUCGAACCCAUACGGGGCCCUUAGUCAUGAGCUGGUUCUUGCAAUGUGGCCAGAUCCAAACUAGGCGGCUAUACUCCGACCUUAUAUCAUGUGAGUUUUAGCCGUGUUUCAUAAUCAUUUAAUAUGAAUAACACUCACUAUAGUUUAAAUUCUAAACUUGUGUAUUAAAAAAACGCGAGUCUCCGAUCCUUAUUAUUACUUAGGCAGCCAAAUGCAAAACAAUAUUUUUUUUCCAUUAUUAUUUUUUUGAUUAAUAAUAUUACGAACGACGAACGAUAACGAACGGGCGAGGCACGUCGCGCAGCGUGUGCAAAAGCGUCCGAUCCGAGCGGCGACACUCACCUGUUUAAGUAACCUCCCUGUACCUGUACGUUUGCGCUAAAACACGGAGUGCGUCAGGCCUGCCCAAAUGAAAUUUUUAUCAUUGAGGGACUAAAAGAAUAUGUAGAGGUAAUAACAUCUCACUGAGUUUUAACUAUUCUACUUACUGUCUACCAAAUAUGUUAUCAGAUUGUUUAUAUUAUACAAUAGGGUUGUAUUUAAUAAGGUAUUAUCAAUUUUCACCUACAAAGCAUUUGUUGCACAAUUCUUCCUGUUAUUGAACAUAAGCUCAAAAGAAUGUACGUUUUCAUAUCUAUCUUAGUUUUAGAGCCAAAAUGUGUAAUCCAAAAUAUCAUAAAUGAUGAAUUAAAUCGUUAAAUGUACAUUCACCAAAUUCUAAUUAAUAUUCAUUGAUGAAUGAAUGUUUUGACUCAAUUAAUCUGUAGCUAGUACUACUGAACUAGCGCAAUUUUGUUUCGCUUCUAGACAUCAUUAUCAACCAAUAUUCUGCUCAUGGCUGAGCUCGAGUCUCCUCUCAUAAUGAGAGGGGUUAGGCCAAUAGUCCACCACGCUGGCCCAAUGCGGAUUUUCAGACUUCACACACAAAGAGAAAUAAGAAAAUACUCUGGUAUGCAGGUUUCCUCACGAUGUUUUUCCUUCACCGUUUGAGACACGUGAUAUUUAAUUUCUUAAAAUGCAUACAACUGAAAAGUUGGAGGCGCAUGCCCUGGACCGGAUUCCAUCCUACGCCCUCCAGAAUUGGAGGCAGAGGUUAACACGACUCAGUGGAGUUAGUACAUCUAACGUAUGUAUGUAUGUCUUCUAUAUACUCGAUUCUUUAUUACUUAUUGCUCGAUGUUAUAAUUACUUUUGUUAUAAGGUUUUUAUAACCAGCCCACUUGUCCGAUGUUGUUUCCAUCUAAAUUGUUUAAACUUAAAUCAGGUUCAACGUUAACUUUUUGACAUUUGGAAAAAAUUGAAAAUUACAUAAUUUUUAAUUAAGUUUUAUGAGAAAACUUAACUUAUAUUAAUUAAUAUUUGAAUUAUAUUCUGUAGAGUGUGAGAAAAUUGUGAAAAAAAUCCUUAUUAUGCAAAUUAAAAAAUCGAGUAUGUUAUGUAAUAUUGGAUUAUUUAGUUUUAAUUCGUAACUGACAUCGACCUUCUAUUAAAAAAUGGAUGCACAAUCAGCGACCAAAAAACGUUGCCACUCAAUGAGUGCGAAACACAACUUUUGGCACUCAAUUCAAGUUGUAUUUGCAAAUUCAACCAUUGAGUUAUUGGACUAUAUUUAAAGGCCCUUAGGUAUAAUUUUCUUUACCAAUAAUUAUAAAACUGUCAAAGUAAAAUUUGCCGAAAUGAAGUGCAAUUUUCUACAUAAUUAUGCAUCCUUUUAUUUUAUGAGGUCAAUGGUAAUUUAUCGUAAUAAUGAAAUGUAAAAGCAAUAUUUUUAACUUGAAAAUUGUAAUGAACAUUGCACGACGCACGAAAGUAUUUAUAUUUUUUUUUUGUAUAUAACUGAUUUCAGUACAAAAGCACAACACAUGUGUUCUUAUAUGAAUUGAUUUGAAUUUUAUAAUUCAUUGAAUUUUUAGGUGAUUGCUCAUAUGGUGCCUUAUUAUUUGAAAUAACAGGAAUUAUAUGAAUGUAUAUAUGUAUACGCUUUUACGACCUAACAAAUUAUUUAGAAGCAGUUAAGAAUAGCUUAUUAUUUAAUGUCAUUAACAUUAUAUACAACAUUUUUAAAAUAGCUCAUAAAUGUACGAUUGUAACAUAAUUGUAAUUUUAUUUUAGGUGAUGAUACAAGUUUAAAAAAUACAAUAUUUAUAACAAGGAUGAGUGCCUUUUACACAUUAAAUAACCUUAUAGCAAUAGCUUUAGAAAUGUACGACUGUUAGCAAUAUGAAAAUUAUUACUUGCAUUAAAAUAAACUAUAAUAUUUUUGCACAA